UCUAAUUUGGUUUUUGAAAGAUUUGAUUUCGCAGAAGAAAACCUCGGGCUUCCCCGGAGGUCCUCCUUAACUUGACACAUCUUCUAACCGCAAGAGAGCAGUCUUCCUUUGAUGAGUGCUUCUUCUCCACCUCCCCAGAAAUGAAAGAGCAGGGGUAUGUUUGCAAACACCCUGAAAGCUCUUUCCAUCAGACCUGAACGCCGGAAGCCACAAAGGGCAGUCAAGUUUGGAUUUUCAAGGAGAAAGCCGGAGUAAACUUUCUCUCUGCCGGCCAGCCGUUCUGCAAGUGUCUGGAAAGGGCCCUGCUCAAUUCCUGGCUCCCGGAGAGCCACACCGGCUGGCCCAGGAGCGAAUUACAGCAAUUGGGCAGAUUUGAAAGAUUAAUCUGUUCGGGGUGCGAUCGUCCAUUCAGGCUGGGGACCCUUUGUUAACUUUUGAAUUAAGAUCGGACACAAGCGUGGAUGAAGCGUGUCCUCUAUCUUUGCCCUUUCUGCUCGGAAGUUUUAUAAAGACCCGCAGAGAGCAACGAGCUUCGGAAAUCAUGAGCAGUCCCCUCCACGUGUGUUCAGGUACCUAGCUUCUGGACCUAGACACUUCUCCAAAGACAAACAGGGAAGUCUGGAUGGACCAGAGUCUCGGACGCAAAAGCUUCAAGUGUCGCCUUCCUGCUGAGACAGUCAUCUCACGGGUGAUCUGCACGCUUUUCCGCGGAGGGAUGGAGAAACGCAAACCGGCGGGACUGCUGGUUCUGCCGUCUCCGAUGCGGACGCCGCUGGGCGCGCUGCCCCGGAGGGAGCCGGGCAGGACCUCCGCGCGCCAGGACGCCGAGGACAGCGCGCCGUGCCCGUCCUUGUCGCUGGGGAGCGUCGGCGAGCCCGCCUUUCUGCGCCAGCGUAACGAGCGCGAGCGGCAGCGCGUGCGCUGCGUGAACGAGGGCUACGCGCGCCUCCGCCAGCACCUGCCGCGCGAGCUGGCAGGCCAGCGGCUCAGCAAGGUGGAGACGCUGCGCGCCGCCAUCGGCUACAUCAAGCACCUGCAGGAGCUGCUGGAGCGCCACAGGCCGGACUGCAACAGCGACGGCGAGUCCAAAGCAUCCUCCGGAGCUUCGCCCUGCAGCGAGCCGGAGGAGCGCGGCUAGCAGCGCCCUCGCCCACCAGGUUUUUAUGGAACUGGGUUCUUCUCUUAAGAAAAAGAAUUAAGUGCUUCUGGAGUGGGGACGGGAGUAUCUUAAUGUUUGGAAGGUGUUUUACUCCUCUACCCAUUGGUUCCUAACCUGCAACUUACAAAUGCUGGAGGAAACUUGUUUCUUCUAAAGCACAGAAGGACCGUCCGAGAUCUGUGCGGUGAUUUUAAAAACACAAAAGGCUGUAACAAUUAAAUGUUAGCUAGAAAAGAAACACACACACGCGAGAGGCACAGUCUCGCACAUUCCUUCCCUUUGGGAAAUUUACUGGAAAUCAACAGCACCGCACUAUGGAUGAAGGUGGCAGAGCUGCCACUCCUAACACAUUUGUGGCGCAUCGGCUAGACCUGAACAUGGGCUUGCCGACUGUGAAUGGCCGUGCUAAAAAAGGCAUUCUUGCUUGAUACAUACUGCUUUGUCGGCAGGAGGUCGUUUGGAAACUUUUA